GCGAGGGCGGAGCGGACAGAAGGGAGCGGACGGGCGCCGGGCCGGCUGUGGUCCGUGCGGAGGCUGAGCCGGCCGCGGGCGCUACUGGAGGCAGUCAUUGCUCUUCAGCUUUUAUGACCUGGAGAUUUUGGCUACACUUCUCUAGAUUCUUCAGCAGUCCUGGAGGCACACUUUAGCACCCUGAGCUUUUGUAAGGAAGUGUGUCUGUUGCCUCUUCCAGCCUCGUGGAAGCGCCCCUGCUGUGCUUCCCUCUCAGCCUGCAAGUCUGCUGCCAGGAUAAAGUGUCUCUGGCUUCUAUGUUGUGAAAUUAAACAGCAAAGGUUCUGUUACUAUGGCAAUGACGGCAGGGACUACAACCACCUUUCCUAUGAGCAACCAUACCCGGGAAAGAGUGACUGUGGCCAAGCUCACACUGGAGAAUUUUUACAGCAACUUAAUUCUACAGCAUGAAGAGAGAGAAACCAGGCAGAAGAAAUUAGAAGUGGCUAUGGAAGAAGAAGGAUUAGCCGAUGAAGAGAAAAAGUUACGCCGAUCACAGCAUGCUCGCAAGGAAACAGAGUUCUUACGGCUCAAGCGGACCAGACUUGGCUUGGAUGACUUUGAGUCUCUGAAAGUUAUAGGAAGAGGAGCGUUUGGAGAGGUGCGGCUGGUCCAGAAGAAAGAUACAGGCCAUAUCUAUGCAAUGAAGAUAUUGAGAAAAGCUGAUAUGCUUGAGAAAGAGCAGGUGGCUCAUAUCCGAGCAGAAAGAGAUAUUUUGGUAGAAGCAGAUGGUGCCUGGGUGGUGAAGAUGUUUUACAGUUUUCAAGAUAAGAGGAACCUUUACCUAAUCAUGGAAUUUCUCCCUGGAGGCGACAUGAUGACAUUGCUAAUGAAGAAAGAUACUUUGACGGAAGAGGAAACACAGUUCUACAUUUCAGAGACUGUUCUGGCAAUAGAUGCCAUCCACCAGCUGGGUUUCAUCCAUCGGGAUAUUAAACCAGACAACCUUUUAUUGGAUGCCAAGGGUCAUGUAAAAUUAUCUGAUUUUGGUUUGUGCACGGGAUUAAAGAAGGCGCAUAGGACUGAAUUCUACAGAAAUCUUACACACAACCCACCAAGUGACUUCUCAUUCCAGAACAUGAACUCAAAGAGGAAAGCAGAAACAUGGAAGAAGAACAGGCGACAGCUGGCGUAUUCCACAGUUGGGACACCAGAUUACAUUGCUCCAGAAGUGUUCAUGCAGACUGGUUACAACAAAUUGUGUGACUGGUGGUCUUUGGGAGUAAUUAUGUAUGAAAUGCUAAUAGGAUAUCCACCUUUCUGCUCUGAAACACCUCAAGAAACAUAUAGGAAAGUGAUGAACUGGAAAGAAACUCUGGUAUUUCCUCCAGAGGUGCCUAUAUCUGAGAAAGCCAAGGACUUAAUUCUUAGGUUUUGUAUUGAUUCUGAAAAUAGAAUUGGGAAUAGCGGAGUAGAAGAAAUAAAAAGUCAUCCUUUUUUUGAAGGUGUAGAUUGGGGGCACAUCAGGGAAAGGCCAGCAGCAAUCCCUAUUGAAAUCAAAAGCAUUGAUGAUACAUCAAAUUUCGAUGACUUUCCUGAAUCUGAUAUUUUACAACCAGUGCCAAACACCACAGAACCGGACUACAAAUCCAAAGACUGGGUUUUUCUCAAUUAUACCUAUAAAAGGUUUGAAGGGUUGACUCAGCGUGGCUCUAUCCCCACCUACAUGAAAGCUGGGAAGUUAUGAAUGAAGAUCACGUUCGCUCACAACCAGGAGAACUCAGGUAGCUGCAUCACCAGGCUUGCUUGGCGUAGAUAACAAUACACUGAAAUACUCCCGAAGACGGUGGUGCUUCUGACUACAAGAGGAAAUUCUACAGGAUUAGGAUUUCUAAGACUACUACAGGAAUUGGUUGGCAGUGCCAGCUGGCUUUUUUUUUUUUUUAAUAUUUUAUUAUUUUUGUUAACUUUAUUAUAUGAAGGUACUGGAAUAAAAGAAAUGUACAUCCCUUUCUAACUGCACUGCCUACAUGCGUAUUAAGGUCCAUUCUGCCUGCGUGUGCUGUGGCUUUGUACUGUAACACCUCUAAUCGAUUCAGGAGAAACACAUAUCAUUGAAAGCAACAUAGGCUAACCUGUAGGUAACCCUGCAGUAUCGCUGUUUUACUGCAAACCUCAUGGGUCUAGAUAAUCAAUAAAAGCCAUCUUUCAUAGUUGGUAUUAGAACACUUGCCCUAUUGGUUUGGACAUCUAUAGCAUAUAUAUGAAGACAAUUUCUGUAAUGGUUUUAAGACAUUUUAAAAAGGAAAUACACUGGUUAUUUAAAAAAUAGAAUUUAUCAUCUUGCUGUUACACAAACUCCACAGUAGGGAGUGACAAGUUUAUAAUAAGGAGGAAGUUGAACACUUUCACUCAAGCACUCCACUAAUAUAUUUACUUUGCAUUCAGAAAUACUGAUGACCUUUAUAGACGUAGUCUGUAUACUCAUAGGGAGAUGUACUGUAUUACAUAAAAUGUAAAGUUGCUUUUCUUGUGACAAGAGGACUUCUUUUUUAACGAGAGGACACGGCAUUAUUUUAAUUUGAUUAUGGUGAGUUGAAUUUAAGAAAUGACCAUGAAGGCUGCUUGUAGAACUCGUGUAUUUUUAUUAAACUAUUUUUUUAAACGUCAGACUUCUGAUCAUGUAAAUGGACUUGUAGAGAACAAAGAACUGUUUACUUUGGUCUUCUAGAAGGUUGUUACAUAUCAUGGCUGGUUAACUUUCUUUUGAUGAAAAUUUUUCCUUUGAUAGUACUUGUAUUUAUUGUGCCAUUAUUUUCUUAUACUCCAAAUGUACCAAAGAUCCUGAACAGAGUGGAUGUUCACAGCUGGGGAGAACUUGACUGUCCUGUGAGAAUGCUGUCUUCAGAUCUUUGAUAGAGGCCGGUGCACUCAAGGGCGACAUUGUUGAUGUUUAGCUACAUCUCUGUGGUUAAUGUAAAUGGAAUUAAGGAAGUAAAUGCAGGCCGGGGGGUUGUGAUUAGAGAACAGGGGAGAUGAGGUCAGCAGCAAAUUCUGUGGGUAUUUCCCUAAGAAUGAAAUAGUCUUUUCUAGCUCAACAUUUUAAUUUUAAAAUGACUCUCUGAGGUUUUGGUUUCACCAGUACUGGUGGAGAAGUAAUACUCCAUCAGAGAAUGGCCUAAUGUGUGUCUUAACUGUUAACUGGUAGAAUUUUUUUAGCUACAACAGUUAUCAAUAUCGCAAAUGAUCUGUGAUCAGAAUCUAAAAUGAUAAUUUAUUUGUAAGGAUGUAUCUUCUCAGUGGGGAAGAACUGCAUAGGAUCAUUAUGCAAACCUACAAAAGUUUUUAUAAAUGAUGCUGCUUGCUAGGGAGCUCCACAGUGUUUCAAGAAAGCCAUCCUGGUUUUUUUUUUUCCUGCCCUGUUCUCCCCUCCCCUCCCCUUCCCUUUUCCCUUCCCUCGCCCUCCUUCCUUCCUAGUAUUUGAUACUUACUACGUCUUCAUCUAAUAGUUCAUCUCCAUCUCUCUCUCUUUUUUUUUUAUUUCUGUGUUUGUUUUUUAAUUUAUUAUUUUUUGGGGGGUACACCAAGUUCAAUCAUCUGUUUUUAUACACAUAUCCCCGUAUUCCCUCCCUUCCUUGACUCCCCCCCCAUCGAGUGCCCCCCGCCCUCCCCGCCCCAGUCCUCUAAGGCAUCUUCCAUCCUCGAGUUGGACUCCCUUUGUUAUACAACAACUUCCCACUGACUAUCUAUUUUACAGCUGGUAGUAUAUAUAUGUCUGUGCUACUCUCUCGCUUCAUCUCAGCUUCCCCUUCACCCCCUGCCCCCUCCCAUACCUCGAGUUCUCCAGUCCAUUCUCUGUAUCUGCGUCCUUAUUCUUGUCACUGAGUUCAUCAGUACCAUUUUUAGAUUCCGUAUAUGUGAGUUAGCAUACAAAAUUUGUCUCCAUCUCUCUUAUUUGGAUCAUCUCUCAUCUAGGAGAGAGAACUAUUAAAAUCCCUGGGUUAUCUCAAUUUGACUAACUCUGGUUUUUCUAAUUAUAACUGCCUCUAAUUUUAAAAAAUCUUUACCUUAUGUUCAGUUUUAUGAGACUUUUCUUCCCCCUCCCCCCUGCUCCCCGGUUUUAAAAAAGGAUGUUUUGCUAGUGUGGUAGUGAAUGGGUAAGAUAUGAGAAAAUUGUCACAUUCUCUGGUUCUAAUAUGGUAACUAUGCUAGUAUGAAAAAAUCUCAUUAAUUCAAGUUAGAGAGAGAGAUUGAUGUAAAGGAGCUGAAUUACCUAAGUUCACCUUUUAAUUGACUAAGAAUAGAGCAUUUUAGUUUCCACGUCCUUCAUUCUUAUUCAUAGGAAGAACUUAGGAAUAGUUGUAGUUUCUUGGCAGUGGAAGGGCAGUUAUGGAAAGUUUACUUUGUUUAGAGCCUCAUUUUUCCCUGGAGUUAACAGAGUGAUUCAUAAUCUUUGGGGUUUCCUCUUCAUCAAAAGCAUUUCUUAAGUGCCUAUCUAAAAGCAAUUAAAGACUGUGUCUGCCCUUUGGAAGCUAAGAAUUUGAUUCAUGAUGCAAAUUACCUAGAUAAUUUGCAAAGUACCCUUGAGACUGAAUUUUCUCUAUUAUAUACUUCCCGUGUUUCAGGUGAACCACUUAAUUUAAAUGACAAAACCCUAGCUAAUCAACUGAGCAUAAUGACAUUUUCUUUAAAUUAGACUCUAUUUUGAAUUAAAGAGUUUUGUUAUAAACUGCGUGUUUUUGGUUUUUCUAAGUAUAUAGAAAGCUUGUAUAAUUCAGAUUUAUUGAUUUCCUGAUUUAAUGUAGACUUUGACUUUUUUAUUAAAAAACCUUUGUAUUAAAGCAAGUUAUGUUAUUUUUCU